CCCGCCCCCGCGCUUCCUCCUCUUUCACUUUCCUUUCGGCGGAAAGCCGGUCCUGCCUGUCGAGUAUGGACGACCUGGACUGCGAUUCCACCUGGGAGGACGAGAGCGAGGAGGACGGCGAGGAUGGCCAGGCGGAUGAUACGACCGAUGAGGACACGGGCGAUGAUGACGGGGACGCAGAGGAGGCACGGCCAGGCCUGUUCCAGUCUAGGAUGACAGGGUGCCGAAACUGGCGUGCUGUGCAGGACAUGCAAAGAUACCGGCACAACUAUCCGGAUUUGACAGAUCAAGACUGCAAUGGUGACAUGUGCAACCUGAGCUUCUACAAAAAUGAGAUCUGCUUCCAGCCAAAUGGCUUUCUCAUUGAGGACAUUCUGCAGAACUGGAAAGACAACUAUGACCUCCUGGAAGAGAAUCACUCCUACAUCCAGUGGCUGUUUCCUCUGAGGGAACCAGGAGUGAACUGGCAUGCCAAGCCCCUCACACUGAAGGAGGUUGAGGCAUUUAAAAGCUCCAAGGAAAUCAGAGAACGUCUUGUCCGGGCCUAUGAGCUCAUGCUGGGCUUCUAUGGGAUCCAACUUGAGGACCGGAACACAGGUGCCGUAUGCCGUGCACAGAACUUCCAGCCACGCUUCCAUAACCUGAACAGCCACAGCCACAACAACCUGCGUAUUACACGCAUCCUCAAGUCGCUGGGCGAGCUGGGCUUAGAGCACUACCAGGCUCCGCUGGUCCGCUUCUUCCUGGAGGAGACCCUAGUACAGCACAAAUUGCCCAGCGUUCGCCAGAGUGCCCUGGACUACUUCCUGUUCGCCGUACGCUGCCGGCACCAGCGCCGGGAGCUCGUGUACUUUGCAUGGGAACACUUCAAGCCUCGCCGAGACUUUGUCUGGGGGCCCCGUGACAAGCUGCGGAGGUUCAGGCCCCAGAGUAUACCCCGGCCACUGAUGGGACUAGGGCAGGCAGAUAAAGAUGAGGGCUCCAGGGACCCCUCCCAAGAGGCUGGCAACCAGGGUCGGACCUGUGGAUCUGGGAGGGACCUGAGUGGGGACAGUGGAACAGCUGAGGAUUCCUCACUGCUGAGUGCAAAGCCCCAGGAUGUAGAAACCUUGGAUGGGGACCAAAGGGAUGAGGCUAAGUCUCUGAGCCCCAAAGAAAGCAAGAAGAGGAAGUUGGAGGGGAACAGGCAGGAGCAGGUCCCAGGGGAGCCAGAUCCCGAGGGUGUCUCUGAGGUAGAGAAAAUUGCCCUCAACCUUGAGGAGUGUGCCCUCAGCCCCGUCAGCCAGGAACCCAGGGAGGCUGAACAGCCCUGUCCUGUGGCCAGGGUGGCUAAUGAGGUAAGAAAGCGGAGGAAGGUGGAAGAAGGGGCUGAAGGUGAUGGAGUAGCCAGUAACACUCAAGUGCAGGCCAGUGCCCUGCCUCCUACCCCUUCAGAGUGCCCCGAGUCCCAAAAGGAUGGGAAUGGGCCAGAGGACCCAAAAAGCCAGAUGGGGCCAGAGGACUCCAAAAGCCAGGUGGGGCCAGAAGACCCAAACCAGGUGGGACCAGAAGACCCAAAAAGCCAGGUGGGGCCAGAGCAAGCAGCCUCUAAGAGCCUAGUGGAGGACUCUAGGGACCUGGGGGAAGACUCUGAUACUACUGGAACCUCAGUGGAUGCGUCAGAGGAGUUGGCAAGGAUUGAGGCUUCUGCUGAACCCCCAAAGCCUUAGAGGUGCAUCUCGGUCCUACUUAGCCCACUGCAGGGGGUUUCUGUCCCAGAGCUCUGUUGUUGGCUCUUCUUGGUGCCCCACAGUGCUGGCCUCUCCCUAGUGGCCACUGAAGUGGCCUGAGGGACUGAGGCCCUGCCCUCAGGGAAGGCCAAGGCCUUCAGAAGCCUCCUUACCUCACUGUGUCCUCCUCCACUGCCCUCUGAGCCCUGUGUUAUGAACAGACCCUAAGGGUCUAGGGGGAGGGGCCUCUUUUAUUAGUCUGGUGCCAAGUGAGGCCUUUUCUGAAUAAACUCUUUAGACUUUGUCUUUUGGUAUGGCC